AUGUAUACGUGGACUGUUCCUGCACCUGAUGUCGUUGCCGACCUUUGCUAUGCGGAGAGGAGUUGUUUCGAAAAGGCAGACGGGGCUAUUGGGCUUUUGUUUUCGAAACCGAUUUCCAAGAAAGAAUAUGUUUGUCGAAUUCCCUUGUAUUUGACACGUGGUAUGGCUCGUUCGCGUGUCCGAUUAGUGGGAAAGCUUACACUUAGUCAACGGGAAUUGGAGUGCAUAAAAUCAGCUCACUCAGUGAUAUGUGAACUGAUUACAAAUAUAGCCCAUUUGUCCCAUGUUGGUCACAAACCAUCGAGUCAGACUCUUUGCGAUCUUAUGGAGAAACAGAAAGAUCCAAAUGAAGUUCCUGAAAGUUUCCCAGUUACAGUUAUCGAUCGGUUUACUGAUCUGUUAUUCAGUCCUGGGAAAGCUAAUAUUCUGGCGUUGAUGACAUUAAUUCAGUUACCAGAAUGUACUAUAGAUUAUGAAGCUAUUGAGAGUCUUGUGAAUUGGUCACUUUGUCGUACGAAUUCAUUGUCUUCGGAGAUUAAAAACAACACUAGUGGAUCAGUGAAGUUCAGACCUGUCCGUGGUAUUUUGCCUAGUUGGCAUGUUACGCUGAGUCAAAUACCUCCAGAAGAUUGGGUUGGCUUAGUAGUCAGACCUAUUCACCUUCCAGAUAACGAUCCUGGUAUGUUUUCGAUUUCAGAAGUGUGUUCGGAAACUCCUGUAAGUUGUGUGCCGCGGUAUUUAGCUUCGAAACUUCGUAACACGAAAAAUGAAGAAGUAUCGGCAGUGAUCUGUUUACAUUUCUGCAGAACGAAGUGUCCCCUGAUGAGAGAUCUACCCAUUGAUAUUUCAAUGCCAUUGUGCAAGACGUCACGACUGACGUGUCAUCAAAAUUGCACCCAAGUUACUGUGGGUCUACAAAGAGGUAAAUCAAGUCCCAAAAAGUCAAAGUUUGUAUGUGAAGGGUGUUUAGUACACCCAUUAUCUUCAUGGCUUUGGUUUCUGUUGUCUACGAUACCUGCAGUUCCUUAUCAGAUGUCGAGGGCAUUGUUGGCAUCACAAUUGUCCACAGAAUUGGCCGCUGAGUUAAAGAAUCCCCAACCAUUCUGUCACAAGACGAAUCCAUCCAAUAUGACGGCUGAUUAUCUUUCUCCUGUAACCAUUUUCGUGCCUGACCGUCUACGUGAUGCUAACUUCUCAAACGGUGAACCGAUUGACGCAACUAUGUUUGAUUUUAAAGUUGAUGAACUAACUUCAAAAGAAGAUCAGGAGAUGGAUGAUAUGGCUGCAAGGGAAUUCAAAGGCGCUCCAACAGUUUGUCCUCAACCCAGUGACCUGAUCGAGCCAACUACGUUGUUAGGUGCUCGUGAUGCAGUAAAUCUUGAGCGUUUAGAAUUUUAUGGCGAUUCGUUUCUGCAUUUGAUAUCUACACUGAGUGUUUACGGCACCAGUCCACAGGAUGCGGAUGAAGGACACUUAAGCUGGAAUAGAAAUUCACUUGUAUCAAAUGCUCACUUGUGUGAUAUUGCUCGAGAUUUGGCAUGGUAUGAAUAUUGUACUGGUCAAACAUUCUUUCCAUCAAAACAUUUUGUACCUCCGUGCUACACUGUUUCGUCUGAGGUUAGUGGCUGUGAUGUAUUUCAAUUCCUGUAUGUAUGUAUUCAAGUUGAAAACUCAUGUGGUAGAGAUUGCUAA